AUUAAUUUUGUGUUCCCUUAGAAACAAUAACCACCGAUCAGCCAACCACCAGCCACCGCUUUUUUGUUUCUGGAUAUUUCUACAUUUUUCUUCCAUUGGAGUCUAUAUCCCUCCGGCCUCAUAAAGUCUUCCAGAUCAUUCCACCGUUCUGGUAAUGAAUCCGUCAACACCGUCCGAUAAUACCGUCGGCCGACCUUUUACUUUCACUUUUCUCAUCGCCCUCCGCAGAAAUCGAUUACCUUUACAAAUCGUUUGAGAAUCAGCGACCCAUCGACUUUUCUUUUCCCUUCUGUUCGUUUCCAAUUGCUCGAUCGGCUAUCGGCUAUGGGUAUUGAACCCUAACCCUCCUUCUUUCAGUUGAUUUUAUUCUGCUUUUCUUGAUUUAAAUCAAUUUGAGAAUCGGCGACCCAUCGACGUUUCUUUUCCCUUCUGUUCGUUUCCAAUUGCUCAAUCAACAAUCGACUAUGGGUUUCAAAUAAUUCUCUCUACCAUCGGCUACUUUUAUCUACCGUAUGCAACAGAUAUCAGUGAAGCAAGAGAAGGCGGAGCUUGAUGAGGGUUUGAUGGUGAAGGCUUUUAGAGAUGAGGACACAGAAUACAUGAAUAAGGGAUUUGCCAUUGGAAAUGGGCUCACUAAUCCAACAAUUUGGUACAGGCCUUAUACAGAUUAUGAAGGAGGUAGGGGUAAAGUGGGAAGGACUGCAGGUCAAAAUCAAGAAUUAGUUUAUACGAACUCAGGGUUUGAUUUUUCUCCUUGUAGUUGGAAAUUUACAGAUCAAAAACAUACCCUCUGCCCCACGCGGAGCGUGGGUACACCCGCUAGAUAUGGAGGUUACACCAAGAAGUUUGUUGGGCUUUGACUGACCACACUCGCUUCGAUUCAUAUUGAAGGCUUUGUGGUGAUGGAGUCGGAGACGGCUGUUGAUGGUGGUGGUGGUGGCCGACUACACAUAUGUGAUGGGGGCUUCUUUGUGUUAAGAAGAAAAUCAGGGUAAAGUACAAAAUCGAACAAAUUUUCCGGUAUUGAGGCAUCUGUGGCAAAAAAAAUUCGACUUUGGGCAUAACCGUUUUUUUGUGUGUAAAAUUAGGGGUUUUAUGUCAACAACCCUAUGCAAAAUGGUUCUUUUCUAUGUGUUUUUAUUCAAUUUAACCGGUUUAACCGAGUUUUUCUAAAAAUUAGUCGGUUCGUUCCGAUUCAAAAAUAGGCAUAAAACCGAUUAUAGUUGAACCGCUCCCUUCCCCGGUUCCCGGUCCAACCGACCGGUUCAAAUGGGUUUUUAAAACAUUGGGAAAAUGGCAUUGGUGGAAAAAUAAGGGAAGGGCAAGAUGAGACGCACGAGGCCGCCAUGACUGCACUGCUUCACCACACAUGGCAGCUACCAAGUAGUGUGGUGCAAUGUUUUAAAAACCGGUUUGAACCGGCCGAUCGAAGCGGUUGGACCGGGAGCCGGGGAGGGGAGCGGUUCAACUACCAUCAAUUUUAUGUCUAUUUCUGAAUCGGAAUGAACCGGCCGGUUUUAUAAAAAACCCGGUUGAAUCGGUUAAAUUGAAUAAAAACACAUAAAAAACAACCAUUUUGCAUAAUCAACAUUGGUGGUCCUUUUCACAUUUAUUUAGAUUUCUCUAAAUAAAAACAUAUCGUAAAUGUUAUUAUUGUUUUUUAAUGUGUUUGUAUUAAUCUGAAGUUAUAUUUUGUUUCGGUAUUAUACUUUAUUUUCUUUUUGAUAUAUGUGGA